AUGGAGGACUACUUUUGUAAAAGACUACUUUAUCCCCCAGUGGACUUUUGCAUACAGUUCCGCAUGAGAAAAGAGUUUCUCAAUCGCAUCUUGAAUGAUAUUGUUGCACAUAAGCCAUACUUUACCCAUAAGAUAGACGCUUGUGGACAACAAAGUCUAUCUCGAGAGCAGAAGCUAAUGGCCAUUAUUCGAAUGCUCGCAUAUGGAGGCUCGGCAGACUCCGCCAACGACCAUGUAUAUGGCCAGUGGUACCUCCAUUCCCUAAAUCCGGCCGACCAUUACAGGCUUUUGCACAAGGCUAGUCACAGAGGAUUCCUAGGCAUGUUAGGCGGCCAGUUUACCAGCUACAAGCAUAAGCCAACUGUCGUUCUAGAAGCAGUGGCCUCGUAUGACACUUGGAUAUGGCAUGCCUUUUUUGGAGUCGCCGGAUCGAACAACGAUAUCAACGUCCUAGCUUGUUCCCCGUUGUUCAAUGAUAUAGUCAAUGGAGUGUCUCCUCAUAUCCAAUAUGUUGUCAGUGGAAAUGAAUACAAUCUGGGUUAUUACUUGGUUGAUGAUAUCUACUCUCAUUGGGCUACAUUGGUUAAGAUGAUUUCCCAACCGUAA